UGGGAGAUCGGCUUAAGAUGGCGGCGUCGCUCAGCUGCAUGUGUCGCCGCUCAACCCUGGACCUCUGUGGGAAAAUUCUACGCUGCCGGCCCGUCACCAAUCGCAAAACGUCCGCGUUGAAAAGUUGUGAGGUAAAGCUCGGCUCGUCCCCGGCGUGUCGGACCCUGUCGGUCGAGAAAGGCCGCGGGCCGAGCGGCGCCGGGGCGGGAGGCCUGGCCCAUGCCAUCCUGCAGGAGAAGCUUCAACAGCAGGAACGGGCCAAAGAGGAGGCCGGCAGCGGGGAGCCGGGGGCUGGCGGUAGCGACGCGGGCACCGAGCAGGAGCAGAAACAGAAGCAAAACGCGGCCUACGCCAAGAAAAUGGUGCUGAGACUGGCGGGACUGCUGGGGGCUGGCAGCGCAUUCGCCGUGGUCUACGUCUUCGGUAGUAAUUCAGUAGAUGAAGCUGGAAACAAGAUUCCAGAUGAAUUCGAUAAUGAUCCUCCUAUCGUACAGCAAUUGCGAAGAACAUAUCGCUACUUCAAAGAUUACAGGCAGAUGAUAAUUGAGCCCACCAGUCAGAAGUUGUUGCCAGACCCCCUUAAAGAGCCAUAUUACCAGCCACCGUAUACUGUUGUGUUAGAGCUAACAGAUGUGCUUUUGCACCCAGAGUGGUCGUUAGUCACAGGUUGGAGAUUUAAGAAAAGGCCAGGAAUAGACUACCUUUUCCAGCAGUUGGCACCAUUGUAUGAAAUUGUUAUCUUCACCACCGAAACGGGCAUGACAGCAUAUCCACUUAUUGACAGUGUAGAUCCACAUGGAUUCAUAAUGUAUCGUUUGUUCAGGGACGCCACACGGUAUAUGGAAGGUCACCAUGUCAAGGACGUGUCGUGUUUGAACAGGGAUCCUUCCAAAGUUAUUAUUGUGGACUGUAAAAAAGAAGCUUUCAGCCUCCAGCCCUUCAAUGGUAUUGCACUAAAGAAAUGGGAUGGAAAUUCUGAUGACCGAACCCUGUAUGAACUUGCAGCAUUCCUGAAAACAAUUGCAAUGAAUGGAGUUGAAGAUAUCAGAACUGUCCUGGAGAACUAUGCUCUUGAAGAUGAUCCAAUUGAAGCAUUUAAGAAGAGACAGGAACUGUUAGCACAGGAAGAACAGCAGAGAAUAACUGAUCGAUCGCAGCAGAAAUCUUCUGGCCUCUCCUUGGGAUCUUUGACAAGCAAACUAUGGCAACGGUCCAAACCACAGUAACACACACCUGACCUCCAGUUCUACCCUCCUACUGUAUUACCUAGAAAAGUCAGACCUACCUAUUGCUCCAAGCUGCAGUAGGUAUGGCUGUACUCACCAUAAGGUUCUGCAUAUGGUGAAAGCUGUUACCAGAGAGAUUCUGGUUAAUUUUCAUACUGUGCUAGCCCUUUGGCUGAUAGGGUUAGACAUGUGUGACCACGCAGAAGUGGAAUAUUGAUCAUUAUAUCCAUCACAAGUCCUGAUAUUGGCAGCCAUUUUAAAUGUACUGGCUUGAUUUGAAUACUAAAGCAAAGUCAUAUUUGAUCCACUGAUAUUAGUUUGUGUGUUAGUUAAUUGGAAGAAUGGAUUAUUUUUUAAACUGCAGUCUUUACAAGCCUGCAAUUAAACUGUGAUUACACUUGGGGUGGGGAGAGUCCAAUUGUCUUAUCAUUGUGAAUAGUGCUACUAAAUGUACCAACUAUUAAAACUGCACACAGAUUUUUAGACAGUGCCUGUAAAAUGAUAUCUACCAGAAUAUUGUGUAUCUUUCCUUGUACAAUCAAUACAAUUUCAUGCCUUUAACAUUCUGUAAAUGAUGUGCAUAAGAAAUGAUGUAGGUCAGCGAGGAGUUUAAUAAAAUUAUGAAGACAAGCAGCAAGCUAUAUAAAAUUCUACACAAAUAUCGUAACACUUAAAACCAGCAAUGAAGUAUCUUAGGAAUCUGUUCGCUGUUUUAUAGUUUAUUUUGGACAGUCCCAGUUUACUGUGUUAAAAUUGUUAGAGCAUGAGUGGGCUAUGCUUUUAUUUUACUUUACAAUGGGCCCAUAUGUGUUGCAUGAGCAAUUUGAAAGUUAUCAAUUAAUUUUCAACGGUAUAAAUUUAAAAGUUUUUUUUUAAUUUCUUGGAUCCCUCGCAAAUCAUACAACCCUACUUAACAUUUAAUUCCUUUCUUACUCCCUUUUCAGAAUUGUGAAUAUUGUAUACCCCUAAUCCCCAAUGAAGAGAUCAGACAGGUGGCCUCUUUAAGAUUCUGAAAGUACAAUCCAUUUGUACACUGGUCAAAGAGGCUUGUUGGAAGAUUUAAACAAGUGUUUUGGAGUGGUCAGGAGGAAAGGGUGAGCUUAAUUGAAGAAUUUCUUGUGUUUCUUUAAAAUAUUUUUAAAGAUUAAAUGCAGGGAAGCUAUUUCCUCUGGUGGGUAUAUUCAGAAGAGAGGGGGCAUAAUUUUAAAAUUGCAGCCCCAUCAUUCAUAAGUGGAAAUAUUGUUUAUACAUACCCACAAACACAUGUUAACAGAAGUCUGGAACCCAGUUUUCACACAAGGCUGUGGGUUCUUAGAGUCAGAAAGGAGUUGGGUUUUGUUGAGCUGUGAGGAUAUGGAUUCACAGGUAGAUACAGAUCAGUGGUCUAAUUAAAUGGUGGAGCUAUCCCAAAAGCCUGAACUCCUGAUCUUUAUAAUGUGUGAUGUUUUAUUAAAUCUCUGCUUGUACCUAA